GCCCUAAUCAACUCAAUUAAUUAAUAAUGUAUUCUUUUCUUGCCUUCUAAUUUCUAUAAAUAAAUAGAACCCCCCUUCACUACCUUACUCAAAUGAUUUGCCAUUUAAAAGCUCUAAUUCCUAUUUAUACUCCAUUUUCUUCUUCUUCUUCUUCAUCUUGAACACACACAAAGUGAAAAAACAACAUCAUCAUCGAUCAUGUUGUGUUGUAGUUCAAUAUUGUCUUUACAUGUGAUGUUUUUGUUCUAUGUUAUUCUCCUAUGUGAAGGGAAGACACAACUACCUAAGAAUUUGACUAUAAAGGCUGUUUUUGUGUUUGGAGAUUCCAUUGUUGAUCAAGGUAAUAACAACAAUAUAACAACAAUAGUCAAGUGUAAUUUCCCACCUUAUGGGAAGGAUUUUGUUGAUGGAAAGCCAACUGGAAGAUUUACCAAUGCCAAAACACCAGCAGAUUUGAUAGUGGAUGAAUUAGGAAUUAAAGAGUUAAUGCCAGCUUAUCUUGACCCCAAUUUACAAGCUGAAGAUCUUAAAACUGGAGUAAGCUUUGCCUCAGGAGCUUGUGGAUAUGACCCCCUAACAGCUAUCUCUGCGCAAGUAAUACCACUAUCAACACAACUAAAUUAUUUUCAAGAAUAUGUUGGGAAGCUAAAGGGAUUGGUUGGAGAAAAAGAAGCCAGCUACAUACUAAACAACAGUCUACACUUCGUUGUAGCAGGCAGCAAUGACAUUGCCAACACCUAUUACACCAUUGGAUUUCGUCAGAAACAGUAUGAUAUUGACUCAUAUACUGAUAUGAUGGUGGAUGAAGCUGCAGAUUUUAUCCAAGAUUUGUACAAGAUGGGAGC